CACAGAAACACUUUCAACAUGACACUGACAGUGCAUGCUUUGCUGGCUUUCAACCUCGGCAUCCUCCUAACAGUCCAAGUGGUGGAGAGUCAAUAUGUUCCAAAGACCUGUCAGUGUCCACAGGCUAAAAUAAGAAUCAAGGGACCAUUUUCAGAUUUCAAAGUCACUCCAAAAGGACCUAACUGUUUACAGGAUGAGAUCAUAGUUAUACGGCAGAAAAAUAAUAAUCACGUGUGUCUUAGUCCGGAAGGUCGCCAAGGCAAAAGACUGCUGAAAUGUUGGCAAAGCACACAAAAGGAUGGCAAGGACAGCAAAAAAUGCAUACACCGACAAGAUCAAAAGCCAAGGCAAAGAAACAGGAAGCAUGUUAAAUCCAGAAAGGUCACGUCUUAACCUCAAAUACUAAAGAUACUGAGGCAAAGAAAGUAAGAGAACCACAGGAGAGAAUGCUCUUCAAAGCCUGUGCAAAGUGCAAACAAGCCAAGGACAUAAGAAAAGGCUGAAUUCAGAGGAGUGCACAUGUCCAUGGAGGCCAAGGGACGCAUAUAAUGAAGACAUGAUACAACAAGGACAGCUUCUAACCUUGACGUGCUUUACAGGGACGAGAUAUGCCCUGCUAUGCAGGUCUUACAUAUUGGCCAGUCUGAAGAAACAGAUUUAU